AAAGAAGAAAAGUGGUGGGUGCGUCCGUGUUUACGGGAACGGGACAGCGUAGGGCAAGCCCAGCACCUCCUUCCUGGUUUGCGUCGAGCGAAUGAUGAGGUCUACUAUCGAGACUUCUUGCGCAUGCCGCCAAGAACUUUCGAUUCAUUGCUGAGUUUGGUGGCGGACAAGAUACGCAAGAAGGAUACCCGGUGGCGACCAUCCAUCAAGCCGGACGAAAGGCUUGCUGCCACUUUAAGGUUCUUAGCUGCGGGCGAGUAUAUAUGCAGCAACUCAUUCAAUUUCCUUAUCGGAAGAUCAACGUUGUGCGGCAUCGUGUCAGAAACAUGUCAGGCCAUUUGGGAUGUGCUUUUCCCUCUUCAUGUGACUUGUCCCGCAACAGUCGACGAGUGGAUGAAGGUGGUAGCUGGGUUUGAGGAACGGUGGAACCUCCCUCAUUGCAUUUGGGCAAUGGACGGGAAACAUAUUGUUGUUCAGUGCCCUGGCAAGUCGGAAAGCAUGGACAGAAAUUAUAAAGGAACCUUCAGCAAAUGCAUGUUCGCAGUUUGCGAUGCCUACUACAGAUUUAUUUAUGUGGAUAUAGGACACCACGGAAGCCGUAGUGAUUGGGGCAUCUUUUCACAGACCUCUCUUCUGAGUGACAUUGUGUCUGGACGAGCCAACAUCCCCCCAGCAAGCCCACUUGGAAGCCGUCCAGAACUUCCUUACUUUUUUGUAGGAGAUGAGGCAUUUCCCCUAAAGACGUUCCUUAUGCGACCGUACCCCAAGAGAAGUAUGUCAGAUACAUUUUUAUUUAAUAGUAAAUUGCAUAUAACGUAAACAACAAGAACUAGCCAAGGCAGGUCACAAACAUAUAAGCCUCCAACACCCAAGGAUCAACGAUCAAACAACUCUGGAAA